AUGGCUUCGUCUCAGACACGUGAGACAGAAACAGGAGGAGGAGCAGAGGCUUUAAGCGUCAGGACGGACUGGUGUGUGCAGACCAACACACAGCUUUGUCUCCAAACAGACGCCUUCAGACGGCGUUCAGCCACAGGAAGUGGAGCUUCGUCAACACGUCUGGACGCGGCUUCGAUCGACACAAACGGGACCGGACCGGACUCUGCCGGUUUUGGUCUCAGACCGCAUUCCGGUUACCUGUCCUACAUUGUCCCACACAAACACAGCCCUUGUCCCACAUGUCACUCGUCAGCCCCUGCUCACCCUAGUUCUGACUCCUCCUCUCAUCCACUUCCUGUUGGCUUCAUUUCUACUUCCUCUUCAAACGGCAGCAGCUGUGCGUCUCUGCGUCUCUACAUGAAGGAAACACAGAUGGCAGCACUUGAAGAAAGUCUGUUGAAUAUUCUGGAGGAUUUGAAUCAUGAUGAGUUUAAAACAUUCAAGUGGUUCUUGAAACGUGAAAAACCACGAAUCCCAGUGAGUAAACUGGAGAACGCAGACCGGACGGACACGGUGGAUCUGAUGGUCCAGACCUACUACACAAAUACUCAGAGUGUCACUGUAAGGGUUCUGCAGAAGAUGAAGAAGAACGAUCUGGUGAAGGAACUUUUAAAAGACAUCCUAGUUUCUAAAGACAUGCCUGCAGCUGAACCCACACUGAGACCCACUGCUAAGCUGGAGCCUCUGUCAGCUGACCCUGCCAACUCGCCCUCAUCGCCCCCUCGCAGAGGACCAAAGAGCAUUGACCAGUGUCGGCGAAAACUGAAGACAAUCAUCUCCCACAUCAAGACGUCACGAAGCGUCCACAUCAUGUGUCACAUCCCAGUCUUCUGCUGGAUCACUGCUAAUGUUCUGGAGGACGUGUUGAAGACCACAGAGGGAGGAGAACUGCCCAAGACCCUGACUGAGAUGUACAUCCACUUCCUGGUGGUUCAGGCCAAACUGAAGAACGUCAAGUAUAAUGAAAGAUCUGGGACAGAUUCACCCUGGAGUCCAGAGACCAGGAAGAUGAUUGAGUCUCUGGGAAAACUGGCCUUUGAGCAGCUGAAGAAAGGAAACCUGAUCUUCUAUGAAUCCGACCUGACAGAGUGUGGCAUCGAUAUCAGCUCUGGAUCUGCACAGACACAGUUCUACCAGACCGCUGUGGACCAGGCCUUACAGAGUCCAAAUGGACACCUGGACCUGUUCCUGCGCUUCCUCCUGGGUCUAUCACUGCAGACCAAUCAGAGACUCCUACACGGUCUGAUGAAACAGACAGGAAGUAGCUCAGAGACCAAUCAGGAGACAGCUGAGUACAUCAAGAAGAAGCUCAAUGAUAAACUGUCUGUAGAGAAAAGCAUCAACCUGUUCCACUGUCUGAAUGAACUGGAGGAUCGAUCUCUGGUGGAUCAGAUCCAACAGUACCUGAGAGAUGGGAGUCUCUACAGAUCUGGUCCGUCUCCUGCGCAGUGGUCAGCUCUGGUCUUCAUGUUACUGUCAUCAGAUAAAGACCUGGAUGAGUUUGACCUGAACAAAUACCAUGGUUCAGAGGAGGCUCUUCUGAAUUUGCUGCCAGUCGUCAAAGCCUCCAACAAAGCUGUACUGACUGUCUAUGGCCUAUCACAAAGAGGCUUUGAAGGUCUGUCCUCAGUUCUCAGAUCCCAGUCCUCUAGUCUCAGACAUCUGGACCUCAGCACCAACAACCUGGAGGAUUCAGGACUGAAGAUCCUGUCAGAUGGACUAAGGAGUCCAGACUGUAAACUGGAGACUCUCAGGUUGAGUAUCUGUAACCUGUCAGAGAGAAGCUGUGAAGGUCUGUCCUCAGUUCUCAGAUCCCAGUCCUGUAGUCUGACACAUCUGGAGCUCAACAACAUGGACCUGAAGGAUUCAGGACAGAAGAUCCUGUCAGAUGGACUAAGGAGUCCAGACUGUAAACUGGAGACUCUCAGGUGGAGGAUCUGUAACCUGUCAGAGAGAAGCUGUGAAGGUCUGUCCUCAGGUCUCAGAUCUCAGUACUCUAGUCUGACUCUUCUGGACCUCGACAACAUGGACCUGAAGGAUUCAGGACUGAAGAUCCUGUCAGAUGGACUAAGGAGUCCAGACUGUAAACUGGAGACUCUCAGACUGUCAGGAUGUCUGAUCACAGAGGAAGGAUGUUCUUCUCUGCUGGAUCCAAACACAGCGAACGAAAAACUCAAACUGUCUGAAAACAACAAGAAGGUAGAAGGAGUGGAGGAGGUUCAGUCAUAUCCUGAUCAUCAGGACAGAUUUGAGGGCUUGCCUCAGCUGAUGUGUUCAACUGGUCUGACUGGUCGCUGUUACUGGGAGGUGCAGUGGAGUGGAGAGGUUUGGAUAGCAGUGACUUACAGAGGAAUCAGAAGGAAAGGAAAGAGUGAAGACUGUGGGUUUGGAUUCAAUGAUCAGUCCUGGAGUCUGUGGUGUUAUGAAGGUAUAUGCGGUGUCAGUCAUAAUAACAAAUACACAGACGUCCCUCGGUCCUCCUUCUCCGAUACAGUCUCAGUGUAUGUGGACUGUCCUGCUGGAUCUGUGUCCUUCUACAGAGUCUGCUCUGACAAACUGAUCCACAUCUACACCUUCAAAACCACAUUCACUGACCCACUGUUUGCAGGAUUUACACUCCAUGGUUCUGGAUCCACAGUGUCUCUGUGUGAUGUGUAGAUGUGUUGUAUAGUUGUGUAGAUGCACUGUGUAGUUGUGUAGAUGUGUUUUAUAUUUGUG